GGAAUCCAUUCCCCGCACCGUUGCCACCACAAAGCUGACCUGCGGAAGCGCGACGAAGACGAAAGGGACCGAGCGAAGCUGCGCGCCGCACCAACCAAACCCUAGACGUCCGGCGGGCGCCACGCGGCGACGAAGACGGAGGAGUCCUCGCGUCGCCUUGGUGUCCCCGAAGUCGUCGUCGGUGCAGCUCGAUCCCGGCAGGUCUGAUCCGGCUCGGCGGUCAUGUCGAAGAGGGUCCCUUGCAAGUUCUUCUUGCAUGGAGCUUGCUUCAAAGGAGAUUACUGUGAGUUCUCCCAUGACUGCAAUGAUCAACCAGAUAAUGUUUGCACAUUUUACCAGAAAGGUGCAUGCUCCUAUGGUAGCCGUUGCAGAUAUGAACAUGUUGAAGCUCGUCGUAACCACCCCCAACCAUCUACUACUGCAGCAUGUGCAGCAUCCGAUUCUUCUGAGCUAGUCAGUUAUUCUGGACGCCCUCAUUGCAGAGAAUGCCAAACAGAUGUAUGCAACCAAACACAAAAGAUAUGCAAGCCUACAACAGCACUGUCUUCUCGUCGACCUGCGUGGACAGUUGAUUGUGAUAAACAUAACAAUCCAGAGGAUGGCAACAGCUGUUCAUCUAACCAAACUGCGCAAAACCAAAUAUCACAUUGUCUUGCUCAUCUGCCAAUCUGCUCUUUUGCUGCUGCUGGUACUUGUCCUUAUGGUAAAGACUGCUCUCAGAUUCAUGGAGAUAUAUGCGCAUUCUGCGAAAAACAGUGCUUGCAUCCCUGUCGUCCCGAUGAAAGUCGAAUGCAUAUCAAGCUGUGCAAGAAAAACAACAGACGUCUUGAGGCCUUGAGAAAAAGUGAAGAGAUAGAGUGUGGUGUGUGCUUGGACCGUGUGCUUUCAAAGCCCACGGCAGCGGAAAGGAGAUUUGGAUUGCUAUCUGAUUGUGACCAUUCCUUCUGUAUCUCAUGCAUUAGGAAUUGGCGUAGCACCUCUCCUUCAUCUGGCAUGGAUGUGAACUCUACACUCAGGGCUUGUCCAAUAUGUCGCAAACUGUCAUACUAUGUUGUUCCUAGUGUUAUGUGGUACUCUUCGAAGGAAGAAAAACAGGAAAUUGUUGAUGGUUACAAGGCCAAGCUCAAGUCUAUUGAUUGUAAGUACUUUGACUUUGGAAAGUGCACCUGCCCCUUUGGUAGCAGAUGUUUUUACAAGCAUGCCUACAGAGAUGGCACUUUGGAGGAGGUGGUACUGCAUCAGCAUGAUGAUGGCGAUCGAAGCACAACGAUUGCGAAAGAUAUUAGGUUGUCGUACUUACUCACCCGGCUGCAUAUUUAGGGAGGGACCAAAUUCAGCCCUUUUCUGUACUAUUAUCUUUUCUUUUACCGGCCCCCUUUACCCGGAGGCUUCUUUGAGCCUAUUUUUACAGGAGCGUGCGGGAGGGGAAUCGAACCCCCGGCUCACCUCUCCAACGAGGAGUUGCCGCUGGGCUACCAUGCCCUCCGCUUCUGUAUUAUUAUCUUUCACCAAACAAAUUGAGUUGAUUGCAGUUCUCUGAC